UUGUGCGAGCUGCUCUCUUCGAGCCUCGACUACAACAGAAGAUCAGCGCGCGGAGUGACUCGUAGGUGCGCUGAAGUAGCGAACUCUGAAUGGACUUGAAGUUUCUUCCGCAAUCUUCUGGAAAUCGCUUCCCUUGGAAAUCUUUUGAUUAUACUCUGUGUGCGGUAACUCAGGUGCACGGAGGAUGGAGCUGAGCAGGAGAGAGGUGCCUCUCUACGGCCAGGCGAAGGUGUUUGCAUUGCUGCCUGCCCUCGAGCCACUCCUCGAGAAAUGUGAGGUCUUCGUCGUUCUAGAAGGAUCCACUCUGGCCCAUGUCAUCAGAGCGCAAAGAGAUGUUAUGCUUUGCUUCAUAGUGCCUGGUCAUAACCUGGCAGAGGUGGUCCUAGUUCAUGCCUACGUUUGCUCUGAUACCUCACCCCUCACGUUUGUGGGAGGGGCCAGUCUAGAGUACGUUCAGGAUGAUGCCCAGGAACUGGCCGAGCACCUGGUGACCCACAGUCAGAGUCUGACUUCCAGGGAUCACAGUGAGCUAAGCAGCCUCUUCUCCCUGGGCCAGGAGACCACUCGCUGGGCCAUGGACCACCACCUGGCCCUGGCCGUGGCCAACCUAGACAUCCCCCCCUCCUGGAGCCUGCUGUCCGGCCCCUGUGGACAGGAUUGCUCCCCCAGAGAGUCUAUCCUCCACCUGGCGGUGCGCUGGGGCCUGUGGCGUCUGGCUGAGCUGCUGCUGUGUCAGCCAGGAGGCCUGCUGGCCGUGUCCCUGCCCAACGAGGAGGGCAUCACCCCCCUGCAGCUGGCACAGUCCGCCGGGCACCCACACAUGCUGGAGCUCCUUUCACACCCCCCCAACCCCUUGGCCACGCCCCCCGCAGGUCUGUCUCAGGUGUGGGCCGACAGGUCCCGCCUCCUCAGGUACGCCCACCACUCGGAGAACCUGACCCUCACGGUGCGACAGAACCACGUGUGGAACCAGAACCCUCCCUGGAACCGACACAACGACAUCCGGAUCCUGAGAGAGAGACUCGGAGACGAGAACUUCCUCAGAGAGCUGAAGUUUUUCUGGCGUGGUUCUGGUCGAGGUGAGGAGCGAGAAGAGGUCCUGGAUCCACCCGAGGAGGAUGUGUUCCCCGUGUCCGUCGACGAAGGAGUCGGUGCUCCAGAGGAGAAGGAACCGCUGAUGUUCUGUCUGAACGAGGAGGACGAGGAGGACGAGGAGGAACAAUCGCUGUCUGAGGCCGAGAAGACUCAGUCUUUGGGAGGUGCAGAGACAGGCCCCUCCUCCACGCUGUCCGCUGCCUCCCGAUUGGCCACCCUCAUUGGCCAUGGGCAGGACCAAGUGUACGCCAACGCCAUGCUGGUAGACCAGGGGGACACGCUGGAGAUGAAGUACCGUUCCCCAGGGGAGGGCAGCUGGCCCGCUGGCUGGGACGCGUUCAGAACCAGCCCCCCUGGAGGCUCCCACCUCCAGGACCCCGCUCCCUCCCCUCCCCGGGGGCCCCCGACAGGAGCCCCCAGCCCCGACACGCCCUGUCAUAGAGACGGCGUCCUCCGCAGAGAGACCCCAGGAGAGAGCUACGCUCAGAGUUCAAGUGUGGAGGGUGCAGACGAGGACAGUGGAGAGGAGGACAUCCUGGGCCACUCCUACCCGUUCACGUCGCCACGCAAACGGCCCACGCUGCAGUCCUGCCUGGAAGAGAGGGACUCGUUCGACGCCUCCCCGGACCACCUGCUCCGCACGCUCUCCGACAGCACGCAAACCGCCGGGAAGGAUCCCAGGGAGGCGGAGCUUCGCCUUCGCUCCUACUCCUACUCCUCCCCCAAGGGCCGUCGGCCCCGCCCCCGGUUCACCCGGGACGCCGCCAUCUCCGACCUCGCAGAAGGUGUGUUCAUGUGUGUGUUCUGUGUGAGCUCGGGAGUCCUCUGUAAGCUCCUCUGCGUGUCUCCUAGACGGGUUGCUAGGCUCCGUAAGCGGGCCCAGUCCGCCGCGGACGAGCGCAGCCUGUCACUCCAGCACCUCACCCUCUCAGAGUUCCUCAAAGAGGGGUCGGGCUCCCUCAUCCACUGCAGCCAGACGGGCUCUUGUGAGUUCACAGCCCUGGAAGGUGUGGAGGAGUACCACGUCACCGUGGUGGUGGACAACCAGCUGGGGGUGGAGAGACGGAGCUACGGCUUCAACCAUCUCAAAACGAGGUGA